GUGUACUAAACUUUGCUUAGAAAAUAACUACGCCGUUUUAGUUCAUACUUAUAUUAAAAAGGAUAGUGAAUAAAAAUGGCAUGUGCUCAAGAAGAUCGUCUGAUGACAGCGGCCAUUGAUUUCGGCACGACAUACUCGGGCUACUGCUUCUCUUUUCGGCAUGACUUCGAGAAUGACCCCCUCAAAGUAUCAGCUAACACGUGGACAGCAGGCACGGCGGGUCUCGUCUCCCUGAAGACCCCCACUACAGUACUACUAGACGGGAAAGGCGAUUUGGUCGAGUUCGGUUACGAAGCAGAAGAUCGCUAUUCCGAACUGGCAGACGAACAGGAACAUGGAGAUUACUACUAUUUCAGAAGAUUCAAAAUGACGCUGUUCAAUUCAUCGUCUAGACUAACAAGAGACACAAUGUUGAAGGAUAUGACAGGAGGAAAACAGAUGAAGGCUAUAACUGUCUUCGCUCACGCUAUCCGCUAUCUUAAGGACCAUAUGCUGAAAACUCUUGACCAGCGAGGGGCGGGGAUCAAAGCUAGGGACAUCAACUGGGUCUUGACCGUGCCCGCUAUCUGGGACGACCCCUCGAAACAGUUCAUGCGGGAGGCUGCUGAAGAGGCUGGUAUAAACCGAGUACAAUUAAUGAUAGCUCUUGAACCUGAGGCAGCUUCUUUGUUUUGUAAAUAUCUCCCUAUAGAGAAACUGCAGGGCGCCGAGGGGGGAAUCAGUGCCUUCAAACCGGGCAGUCGAUACCUCGUACUAGACGCUGGUGGUGGUACGGUCGAUAUCACAGUGCACGAGGUUCAGUUCAACGGAACUCUGAAGGAACUGGACAAGGCCAGCGGCGGAGCUUGGGGCGGCACUAGAGUGGACCAGUCAUUCAAAGAAAUGCUGGAGGAAAUCGUCGGUGGAGGAAUGCUGGAAAAUUUUGCCUUGUCGCAUACAGCGGAUUAUAUCGACCUGUUUCGAGAUUUUGAGACUAAAAAACGUAACGUUAAGGACGAUGCUCCAGGAAAAAUCACCAUUCGUAUUCCCAUAAGUCUUCAAGAGUUGUACGAGGCGGAAUCAGGAGAGGAAAUAAAAAAGAAAAUUCGCCAAACCAAAUAUAAAGAUGAUCUAACCUGGGUUGGAGAUCGUCUGCGCAUUAACAAGCCAUGUUUUGUGGACUUGUUUUCGGCAGCUUGUGAUGGCAUGGUCAAUCAUGUUAAACAGUUGUUACGAUCGCCCAAAGUUCGAGGCACGAACAACAUUCUUAUGGUGGGAGGAUUUUCGGAAUCCCCCUUACUACAAAAAAGAAUUCGGGAGGAAUUUCCCGACAGUCGGGUGAUUAUUCCACAAGAGGCAGGACUGGCUGUCCUUAAGGGUGCUGUUAUAUUUGGUCACCAGCCAGCCACCAUAGCGGCGCGUAUCGCCAAAUAUACGUACGGCAUUGAAACCAAUACAUCCUUCGAUCGUAGAAAACAUCCCGAGUCGAAGAAGAAGAUGGUAGAAGGCAAAGAAAAAUGUAAAGAGGUGUUUGACAAGCAUGUAUGUAUUGGACAAUUACUGGAAAUAGACGAAGUUCAAAGUGAAAAGAGCUACUGGCCUUUGUAUUCAAAUCAAACCAAAGUGUCGUUACCAGUAUACACCUCUACAAAUGAAGAGCCAGAGUUCGUGGAUGAGCCUGGCUGUUCUUACCUAGGUAAACUGACGGUUGAUCUCCCAAAGUACGGUUCAGAUAAAGAAGUGUCAACAAGUUUCAUUUUUGGAGGAACUGAACUCAAAGUACAAGCUGUCGUGAAAAGCACGGGCGAAGUUACAAGUGCAAAUUUUGAUUUUUUGGAAGGAGAGCCUUAGAAAUAUUACAAGGGAUAUUUUUUAUUUACUUAAUUUUGCAUUUUUACCAACAGGAUCAACGGAAAACCCAUCUACAUGAAUUUUCAAACAUAAAUGUAUUCUUUGUACAAACAGAUUGGCAAAACAUACUGCAUAAACAUAAUUAAAUACAUUAUCGAAUUUGAAAAUUUUGAUCAGCGAAGGGGCGGAAUUAUGAGUGUCAUUGAUGUACCCACACUCACAGAUUAACUUUGAUAUUAGGGAUAGGUAUCGCCAAAAAUUUCGUAUCGCGAUAUAUCACGAUUUUUUCCCCAAAAUAUCACGAUAAUAUCAUGAUAUUUUUACAAGCAAAUUUUACAAUGAUUUUUAAUGAAUAUCAAUAUUUUUCUUAAAAAUGUGCUAAAAAAACAAAAUUUCACUUUUGAGAAAUUUUUAUGUACAUAAAAUUAAUCAUGUUUGGAUGGUAAGAUGCCGUUCUUUUCACCCUUUUUCAACAUUUUUAGACUUUUUAUGAUUGUAAUUUGAAAGAUUGAACAAAUAAAUGAACAAUUUCUGGACUUUAUAAUAUGUACCUAAAUACCGGUAUUUAGGUCUCCGUAUCACGAUAUGUAUCACGCAACAAAAAAUCGCGAUAUACCGGUAUACCGAUAAAAUCGCACAUCCCUAUUUGAUAUGUUUCCAGUUAUUGUCCUAUAUCAUCCCCGCCUACAAACUUUGUUGACAAUGACCAAUUAGUAAUUCAAAUGAUUUUAGGGAGCUAGCAAAUAUGAAUGCAUUACUUUUAUAUAUUGGCGAAUCAUAUAACUAUGUCUCUAUAAAAUAAAGCACUUAGUAAGAUU